CGGUUUCAUUUCGGGAAAUGGGAGACUGUGGAGGCCGACUACGCCGGCCGCCAUUUGCUUCAGACGUCGAACGGAAUAGUUGUAGAUCAGGAGAAGUAUAUCAGGGAACAGCUCUCGACAAUGUACUUGACUAAGGAUCGACGAUCGCAGCCAGAGCCGCCGCUGUCUCGAGACGAGAUCAGCUCGUAUCGUGAUGUAGCAGCUCAGGUCCAGUGGCUCGCGAGGGAGUCGCGCCUGGGCGUUGCCGGCUCGGCCUCUCUGCUUGCGGCAGCCUUGCCGACGCCGAGUGUUGCCGACGCGCUUGCCCUGAUAAAGGUCUGCAAGCAUUUGAAGGCGCCCCCAGAGCAGCGUCUGACGAUUUGGGCGUUGGAUCCAUCGUCAGUGACUCUUGUCGCGGCGAGCGACGCCGGAGGCCUCACGGGCCGCGCGUGGAAGGCGGUGGAGCCCCUGCUGGACGACCUGGCGUCGCUCACCCAGGACGGCUCGCACCAGAAGGUCAUCGAGGCUCUCGAUGGCCUGGACAAGGUAGCGGUGGUGCGCAAGCAGCAGAAGUUCGACGAUUUCUUCAAGAGGUCCCGCCGUCGUCGUGGCCAGGAGAUCGUCGAGUAUUUGAGGACGUUCCACGACAAGUACAAGGAGCUGACAGAGCUGGACACGGGGACGAAACUCAGCGACGAUCUCUACGCGUACUUCCUCCUUGAGGGGGCUAUGCUGACAGACGACCAGAAGAGGCUGGUCACGAUGGUGGCGGACAACAAGUAUGAGACAAAGGCCUUCGAGAACACACUGAAGACGAACUACCACGACCUCCACCUGCAGGGGAAGACCUCCCGGCCGCCACAGCCUCAUCCUCAUGGACGCUCGAAGGGUGGAGGCAAGGGCGGCAAGGACAAGUCCAAGAAGCAGGCGAGGGUGUACUACACGGAGGCGGACGACGUGGACAACGAGGAGGACGAGCAGGACGAGGACUACGACGACGAGGUCUACGAGGCCUACGAGGGCGGUGACGCCGAGGAGGACAUCGCCAGCGACGCUGGCGCGAGUCAGGACGAGGCGAUCAACAACGCGUACGCCGCCUACGACACUGCGCGGGCCAAGGUUCGGGACCUCCAGCGGAAGCGUGGCUUCUUCAAGGCGGAGGGCACGCUGACUUUUGAGGAGCGCAAGGCCGAGAUCGCAAAGGACAAGCAGCGCGCGCACUGCGGGGCGUGCGGCAAGCUCGGCCACUGGGCGGGGGACCCGGAGUGCCCCAUGGGCCCGAACAGGCCGAAGCCGUCGGCGAAGCCGAAGAGUCGAGCGGAUCCACGUGGACGAGCAGCGGCGCUUUCGCGCCCGGCAUGGAGCAGCCCCUCGGCUUCGGGCAGCAGUCCCCGCCCAUCGAGCAGCACCAGUGCCAAGAAGCAGAGGGGCGCGACCCUUUUCGUGCUGGACGACGUCGAGUACGACUCGGCCUUCCUCGUCAGCUCGGACCGCGGCUCCGACCUCGGCUCCUUCAAGCUCGUGGGCAGCGACGUCGGCGACAGCGCGAGCGUGGUCAGCGACGGCCUCAGCACGAUCCUCCCGACGAUGAAGGACGACGAGGUGCUGCCGUGCCCGAAGUGCUCCAAGGCUCUGGUGGCUCGCCAGAAUCAUCGGACAGGCGGCUGGUUCUUCGGAUGCAGUCAGUUUCCGGACUGCAGGGGCGCGCUGAACUACAACGAGGUACCCGGGGAAGGAUUUUUGGAGAUGGUGCUUAUGGUGAGUGAAGACAGUGACGCGUCUGACGUGCCAGCGGCGCUCAUCGAUGCCGGUUGCGCAAGAUGUAUGCGCGGCAAACAGUGGCGGGAGCUGUACGAGAAGAGGUGCCUGCAUCCCCGCGGCCUCGAGAUCAAGAUGACGGACCGCGUGGGGAGCUUCUCCUCGGCCUUCGGCAAGAGGCAGGAGGGGCGCGCGGUCGAGAUCCCGGUCGCCCUUGGCGGCCGCCGCGGGGUGAUCUUCAGCGCGGAGAUGGAGGACUGCGACGCCCCGCUUCUGGUCAGCCUGGCGUCGCAGGAGGCGCUGGGUGCCGUGCUCCACUUGAAGGAGAUGCGGAUGGAGCUGCAGACGCUCGCCGUGGACGUGCAGCUGCUCAAGGUGGGCGGUCACUUGGCAGUGCGACUUGAUGACUGGGGAGACGAUGAUGGUCACCGAUCGGCAUCAGCUUCGAGUUCAGGGCCAGCGACGGCGAUCUCGAAGAAUAGGGACUCGGAGUUCUUCUAUGCGCAGGCGCGGAAGGAGUCGGUCUUCGAGGAGUCCGACGGCGAGGAGAUCCGAGUCGAGGAGGAGGUUGGCCGCGCCUUCCUGUCGAGGGAUCGCGGCGUGCUGGCCACCGACGCGACAGGGUUCGAGGCGGAGCGUUUCGUGACCGCCGACUUCCAGACCACGGUGGUGUUCGAGCCGUUCGGCGGAGAGCACAUCCUGACGCGCUACGGUGCAAAGGGGCACGGUUGGAUGCAGUCUCAGCCGUUGGAUGUGGACCACUCUCCCGACUAUGACUUGCUCAAGGGCCCUGGACGGGCCUUAUUCUACCGGAUCCUCGACCUGCACUGGCCUUACAUCACAGUGUUGGCUUUUCCCUGUCAUCCGUGGUCUUUGAUGACCAACAUGAACAGGCUCACCGACUGGGAUGAAGUCCGCAGGAGUGCCCGCCGCUAUCUUUUGCUUGUUCGGAGGGUAUCUCGGUGUGUGCAUGCGAGAGGGCGGUAUUUCUUGAUCGAGCAGCCUUUGACAGCACUUUCUUGGGAGUAUGAUGGCAUCCUGAUACGUUUGUGGGAUUUGGAAGGUGUUGUGUUUGUGCGCGGAGAUCAAUGUGCCUACGGAGCCUGCGACAAGGAUACGGGCAAGCCGAUCGAGAAGCCGACGGGGUGGCUCGCGAACAGCGCAGCGGGGGCGAACCACCUGAGCAAGCGCUGUGCCUGUCCGCCCGGCGCCCACCAGCAGCUGCUCGGGAGGAACUCGGGCGGCUAUCGGGCGCAGCAGGCGGCAGCCUACCCCGUGGGCCUCGCGAAGGCCUUCUGUCGCGGCGUGCUCCAGCAGAUGCAGAUCGACUACCGCAGCUCGCUAGUCAUGGAUGCGGCCUUCCCGGUGGAGGAUGCUUUCCCUCACGAGCGUCCGCGAUCGCGGAGCCCGCCGCGGGGGGGGCCUGUGCCAGAGGAGGCGCACCAGGAGGGCCCGCCUCUCGGAGAGGACGCGCCGCCUGCCGAGGCGGCGGCGGAGGCCCCAGAGGCACCGGCCGAGGUGCCCGUGAGGCCCAGGCGCGGCCGAGCGCCUGCUCGCCGCGAGCGCGGCGUGCCUCCUGGCGGACGCCCGCUGGGCUUCCGCCGGGGGCGUCGUACGCAGUGCGGCGAGUUCGAGCUGCUGACGGUGGAGCUGUGCGCUGAGCUGGACACGUUCCGGAGUUGGCAUAGGAGGUUACUGGAGAAGAUGGGCGAGGAUAUCGAGACGAUCAUCUGGGGCUCGGACCUCUUCCUGGAGGAGCUGGGAGGAGUCGUCAGCGAGCCGCUGAAGAUGGUGAAGGCUAGACGUGGGGGUCAGCGACUCCAGACGGCGCAGCCGCAGCUGCGCGCCGCGGACGCCCCGCUCAGGAUGGUCACUGCGCUCAAGGGCGACCAGCUCUUCAGGCUAGACUUCGAGGACUGGUCGCAACAGUCACUGCAAGCGCGACGGCGCUGGUUGCCACGACAUCUAUUCGAGAACGACGUGGUGGUCUUCUACUUCGCGGGCUACGAGCGGGGCGACCUGCCCGAGGGGCCGGCUGCAGCACAGCAGCGGGGCGCCUCGCGGGAGAGGAAGCGACGUUGGGAGCUGUUGCCGAGAGCCGUCAAGAGGGCGAUCGAGAGGGUGCACGUGAACCUCGGGCACCCCUCGCGGCCCGCGCUGCUCAGGGCGUUGCGCCUGGGCAAGGCAACGGCGCUGGCGCUGAAGGCAGCGAGGCUGUUUGUCUGUGAGAGCUGCCGGCGAGUGCAGCGACCCAGCGUCCCACGUCCGAGUCAGCUCCCGAGGGUCGACGAGUUUAACGUGCUGCUCGCGAUGGACUGCUUCGAGAACGUCGACAGCGCCGGCAACAACUGGGAGUUCCUUGGCAUCAUGUGUAUGGGGACGAACUUCCACGUGGUUUGCCUGCUGGAGGACACUCACAAGAACCCCAAGGCCUCGGAUGCCAGGAAGUUCUACGAGCUCUGCUGGGUCUCCUGGGCUGGCCAGCCGGAGGAGGCGAUCAUGGUGGACCGCGCGCUGUCCUUCCUGGGCGAGUUCGCGGACUACCUGGAGCAGGAGGGCGUGCGCCUGGACUCGGCCGCUCUGGCCUCGCCGUGGCACAUCGGCAAGAUGGAGCGCCGCGACGGCAUCUGGAACUCGAUGCUCACGAGGGUGGUGCACGACAAGCAGGUGGCGGGCCUUGAGGAGGUGAGGGCGGCAGUGACGGAGUGCAACAGGGCCAAGAACGCGCUGGCCCGGCGGGCUGGUUUCAGCCCCUACCUUUGGGUCCUCGGCCGGGAUGCUCGCCUCCCGGCGAGCCUCGCGGACGACGCCGAGGUGGAGCGUGUGGGCGAGCAGGUGGCAGCUGCUACGCCGGGCUCGCGUUUUGCCCGUAAGGUGGAGAUCAGGAACCAGUGCCGGAUGGCUUUCAUCCAGACCGACACGGAGGAUCGACUUCGACGAGCAGAGCUUCGACAGAUACGACCGACGAGAGGGCCGUUCGUUGUCGGCCAGUGGGUGCUUUUCUACGAUCAAGCGCAGCCAGCCAAGCAUCGGCCUGAGCAUCCAGACAACUGGCGAGGGCUGGCGCGCGUGAUCGGACAUGAGGGACGGCAUGGAGUGUGGCUUGCUUUCCGUGGUCUCACCGUGCUCGCGAGCCCGGAGCUUUUGGCUGCAGCGACUGGCCACGAGAUCCACGCCUGGAGAUCGAUUGCGCAGGAGCAGGAGUUGGUGCACGACACGCCCGUCAGCGGCGGCAGCGGCUUCGUGGACCUGCGAGGCCGGCCCAAGCCCCCCGCCGCGGCGGGGCAGGAGCCCGCUGAGCAGGGCGACGAGAGCGGCAUGGACGUAGGGCCGCGGGCGGAGGUGCCGGAGGAGCCGCAGCCCGCCUCGGCCCCCCCUGAGCCGGAGGCGCCUCCGGCCCCGCCUGAGGCGGAGGCUCCCCGCGCGGCUCCAGCCGCGCCCGAGCCGCCCGCGGCGCCAGCCCCAGCUGUGGGGGCUGAGGGCGUGCCCGUGCCGCCCGACCUGGACUUCGACGCGAUGGAGUUCGACGCGGCGAUGCAGGAGAUCAUGAGGGACGACGGCGACGAUGACUGGCACCCCGACUCUCACGGGGUGCACGCGGAGCCCGAGCCGGGGGCUUCUCGGCAUCGGCGUCCUGGGGGUCUCCUGGAGGAAGAGGAGACUGAGGAGCGCCGCGAGCGGGAGGCCAAGCGACGGCGCCUGCUGGACGAUGUCCCUGUCUCGAUCCGACAGGGGACUGCAGGAUCCAGCCUCUCGGCGCCUGUCGACUCGGCGAAGUCCGUGCUGGACAAUGACCUGGAUGAGUUCAUGGAGGCCGGCUUGGAGACGUACCAGCAGGGCGAGGCUUUCUUCGUCCAGGAGGGCAUCGGCAAGGAAGAGUUCAUCUUCGGGCUGAUGCGGAAUGCGUUCGAGCACGCUUUCCUGACGAAGCCUGGGAGGAAGGAGAUCAAGCUCGGCAGCUUGCCUGAGGAGCAACGCCGGAUGUUCAUGGAUCGAGGUGGCAGCCGUGAUGCAGAGUGGCGAUCCUGGCAGGACUUUGACGCGGCCGAGCCGAUCCCGCCGGAUGAGAGCGAGGCGCUCCGCGCGGACAAGGCCAACAUCAUCAUCCCGAUGCGCUGGGUGGAUACCGACAAGAACGACGGGAAGUACGAUGAGGCCGGAGCCCCUCUGCCGCUGCUCGCGAAGAGCCGCCUGGUCGUGGUGGGCUUUCGCGACCGCUUGUUGGGUAUGUUCAGGCGGGGCGCUCCCACUGCCUCGCGGCUGGCGGAGGCGCUGCUCCUGACGCUGGCGGCGGCCAUGGGCAUGAUCCUCUCCCUGGGCGACGUCAAGAACGCCUACUUCAAUGGGCAGAACCUGCAGCGCGAGGCAGCAAGGCUAUUCUGGCUAGCGCUGCGUGACGCCUUGCUGUCCGACGGCUGGCUUCAGUCGCGCCUGGAGCCGGCGCUCUUCUACAAGCGCGUGGACGGGCAGCUGAAGGACAUUGCGGUCUCGCACGGUGACGACGUGCUGGUGGCGAGGAUGAAGGACAUGCAGCUGUCGGACCUCUUGCCGAAGGUCCUGGGGGCGUUCCAGUGGAAGUGGAGCGAGCUGCCCUUCACCUUCCGCGGCCGCGAGCUUUCGAGUGAUCCGAGAGGUUUUCUGGUUAAGAUGGUGAACUACGCAAUUUCCCUCAAGCCGAUCAAGAUCCCAGCAGGUCGAAGGAAUCAGUUGCAAGAGGACUUGAACGAGGAUGAGGCGAAGGAACUGCUGAGGGUAUCUGGUGAGGUCGGCUGGCUAGGUCGACAGUGCCGGCUCGACCUAGCCUUCCUCUCGGGCGAGCUGCAGAGGGCCCGAGCGGCCCCGUGUGUGGCGGACCUGGUGAAGGCGAACCUGGCGGUGUCUGAGGCCAAGAAGGGCGCUGAGGUCGCGCUGGUCUACCCGGCCAACUUGAGGCUUUCCAGCGCUGUGAUCGGCGCGGCCGUGGACGCGGGUCACGCGAACGGCCCGGAGCACGACGACAUCGAGCGCUACAAGAGCUUCGGUGGCCACGUGGUGCUCCUCACGACCGACGGCGUCCUGGCCGGGCACCAAGCACCGGUGGCAGUGCUGGACUGGAAGAGUGGCAUGACGCAGCGUGUGUGCCGCUCAACCUUGGCGGCGGAGGCCAGUCACCUGGCAGACGCAGUGGAGGCCGUCGACUGGGCGGCAGUGCUGUUCAGAGAGGCUAUGAAUGUCUCGGUGGAUUGGCUCAAUUGGCAGGGGGAGGUGCAGCGGCUUCCCCGCUUCUGGGCGACAGACGCAAAGUCCGUCUACGACCACCUCACGAAGGGGGGCUCGGCUAAGAGCAAGGACAAGAGGAUGGCGAUCGAGGGCGCCUUGCUCAGAGAAGUGCUGCGCUGCGAGAACACCCACCUCAGGUGGAUUGACGGCUCGCAGAACAUCGCAGAUGUGCUGACGAAGCUUGGGGUGGACAAGGUCUACCUCCACAAGGUGCUGCGGGAGGCCAAGUGGAGCCUGGUGCAGGACCCGGCGGCGGCGGCGAUCAAGAUGAGGAAGAGUAUGCAGCGUGCUAGUCGCAAGACCGCCAUCGACACUACGAAGACGGAGAAGAGGCAGCAGGACAAAUUCGUGAGAGCGAAUGAGAUGCGGGACAUCGCA